AUGCACCGGCAGCAGCUGCAGCAGCAGCUGCAGCAGCUGCAGCAGCAGCAGAAGCAGCAGAAGCAGCAGCAGCAGGAGCAGUGCAAGGAUGGAUCCGUUAUGCAGGGGAAAGUGUGCGAGCAAGGAGAUAAAAAAGCAGCAGCAGCAGCAGCAGCAGAUGCAGCAGCAGCAGCAGAUGCAGCGAGCAGCAGCACAGCAGCAGCAGAUGCAGCAGAUAGGCUGCAGCAGCAACUGAAGCUGCAGCAGCAGAGACACAAACGCUUGCUGCUGCGAAAAGCAUCUCUUGUCUUCCUCACCAGUUUGCUGCUGCUGCUGCUGCUGGACGUUGAGCCCCUCACGGAUAUAAGGUCUGGCCUGCUAGCAGCAGCAGCAAAGUAUGCGGGAGCUGCAGCAGCAGCAAUCAGAAGCAGGAGCAGCAUCAGCAGCAAGAACCCUUCUCCCGAGCUGCUGCUGCAGUGGCUGAGCUCUGGCGUGCUGCAGCAGCAGCUGCUGCAGCAGCAGGCAAUGCCAUUCAAUGCAGCAGCAGCAGUUGCUGCUGGAGAUGCAGCAGCACCUGUGUUUGCUGCUGCUGCUGGCUCUGCUGCUGCUGAUACUGCUGCGUGGAGUGUACAGGCAGCAGAUGCUGCAGUAUGGGGUCUCGGGCUGCAGCAGCAGCAGCAGCAGGGGGGGGUGCAGCAGCAGCUGCUGCCGCAGCUGCUGCAGCUGCUGCUGCCGACUCGCCCCAACAGCUUGCUGCUGCUGCUGUAUAGCCUGGGUAGAGAUUUCGCAUGCAUCAGCAGCAGCAGCUUUUUGCUGCUUGUCUUUGGUUUGCUGCCGCUUGUCUUCGAGAUUUCGCAUGCAUCAGCAGCAGCAGCUUUUUGCUGCUUGUCUUUGGUUUGCUGCCGCUUGUCUUCGUAUACUUUCUUGUGCUGCUGCUGCUGCCAGCUUGAGGUGUAUAUACACCUCACGUACCUUCCUGCUGCUGCUGCUGCUGCAGCAACAGCUGCUGCUGCUGCAGCAGCAGCAGCAGCAGCAGCAGCAGCAAACUCCUAG